ACUGACUUGUGCACCGAUCGAAACCUGGAACUACAGCAUGCACCACGAUUCCUCCACGCCGCUGCUCACGGGCCGUCCCCGCUCCAAGAAGGUACUGCGCAUGUCCUCUUCGGACAAAGCAGCCAUCGCGAUUGGCCUUUUGUCGGCGCUUUGCAUCGGCUCAGUCCUGUACGUCGCGCGGACGAUGGCAGUGCCAUCUACGACGACUGAUGGCGCCGGUUCGUCCUCCACAAUGAUGUCCAAGCUCCCUCCGCUAGAUUUCUCGGGGGAUUUGCGUGUGCGUUGUACGGAAUCCUACUUUGUCCAGACGUUGAACCACUUUGAAGCGAUCCCAGACACUUACCGACAGCGAUACUUUGUGUGCGACGAGUUCUGGCACCAAAACUCGUCCGGACCCAUCUUUUUCUACGCAGGGAACGAAGCCGACGUCGAGCUGUAUUUGAACCACACGGGUCUCAUGUGGGAAAACGCCCGCGAGUUUGGCGCAAUUCUCGUGUUCGCCGAGCAUCGGUACUUUGGCAAGUCAGUCCCAUCGGACGCCACCAGCCGCCUCCAGCACUUGAGUUCCGAGCAAGCGUUGGCAGACUACGCGACGUUGCUUGGACACAUCAAGGCCACUCGCAGUGGAGCGUCGUCGAGUCCCGUGAUCGCCUUCGGUGGGUCUUAUGGCGGCAUGUUGGCAUCCUGGUUCCGCAUCAAAUACCCCCACGUGGUGGACGGCGCGAUUGCAGCAUCUGCCCCGGUCCUGUCGUUCUUGGGCGAAUCCCCGCCUGCCAACCUCACAGCGUUUUCCCAAAUUGUGACGUACGACGCAAGUCCAGCGGCGGGAAGUGUCGCUAACUGCGCAUCAAACGUCCGCCGUGUGUGGGAUGUCCUGAUUGAUGCCGCUGCCACCGAGGACGGACGAGCGAUCGUGCAACGUGGCCUGGGUCUUUGCAAUCCACUCUCCGGGAAGGAUGACGCCCUGUCCGUGCGGGAAUGGGCGAAAGCUGCGUUUGAUUACCUGGCCAUGGGCAACUUUCCCUACCCGUCGUCGUAUAUCAUGAAUGGCGCGAGCGAGUUGCCAGCAUUCCCAGUCCGCGAGGCGUGUAAACCUUUUGCGCCAACCUUUCCCUGGACCGAAGCCGGGAACUUCUCGCUGCUCCAAGCCCUCCGAGCGAGUGUCGGCGUUUACUACAACAGUACGCACGACGUGCCAUGCUACGCCCGGGCCGCGCCUUCCAACGAAAGCCAGAUCGACGCAGACUUGUGGGACUAUUUGUUCUGCUCGGAGCUGUACCAACCACAGGACCAAGGCAUCAGGGACAUGUUUUGGGUCGAUGUGCAUGAUCAAGCCGCCGACGCGGCGCGGUGCCUGGCCAAGUGGCACGUUCAACUCCGUCCAGAAUGGGCAACGACCGUCUACGGCGGCCGCAAGGCGCUUCGGGCAUCGAGUAACAUUGUAUUUUCCAACGGAAACUACGAUCCCUGGUCGGGCAUGGGCGUACUUGAAGAUUUGAACCCGUCCGUGGUCGCGAUCGACGUCGAGGGUGGUGCCCAUCACUUGGACUUGAUGUUUUCACAUCCGUUGGACCCGCCCGGCGUCAAGCGAGCGCGAAAGGAAGAGCUGAGUCACGUGGCCAAGUGGAUUCGACAGGCGAAGAAAGCAGCUCCAUUGCGUUGAUUGUGCUACGUGGAUGGAAUUGUUGUACAUUUUGCUCCGUUUGAGCGUUGAACAUGGGAGCUGUUGUUUCAGAGCACUUGUAAAGUGAAGGGAGUCCAG